UCAAGCGUCCUCUUGUCAGUCGCACCCACAAGUCGGAAUUCUGAGCUGCAGCCUGCAGCCCACCUCUAGGCUUCGUUUCAGACAGUUGGUCGAAGAGCCUCGUUACCUCUGGUAAAUAGAGUAGCCCGGUCGAAUCUGGGGAUGUAGGCUGGUCGCAUCUCGAAGGUCAUAGUAGCGUGGCCGUCAGGCUGCGAAUACUUCGUAGGGCUUCAAACGCCUGUAGUAACCAGUCGUUGGUAACCAGAAGCACCAGCGGAAGCGAUGUCGGUGGAGUGUCCCGUCCCAGGGGAGCUGCCAGGCGAUGAGGUGGUCGACAGCAAGGCGGACGGGGGGGUAGCGGCGGGAGCAGGAGGCAAAGAGGGUGCGCAGGGCACGGCGGUGAGAAAGACGAGCCUGUCGUCGCGGGGAGCUCGCGCGCUGGUGCCGUUCUCGCCGUACAUCAACGCAGUGAACAAGGCCAAGGAGGAGCCGUACUCGGAGAAAACGCCAGAUGGAUACUUCCUGAUGGCGCAGGCAGAAACUAUCCUUACUUUCGACCUGAUUCACGAAAAGAUCAAGAGCUGCAGGGAGGUGCCGCAGACCAUAGGGCUGUACGGCAACUUCAGGGGCGGGCAGCGGCUGCGGCAGGCCAUUGCCAAAAUGAUGCAGCGCACCUUCAUGGGCGUUGAGGUCGAACCCCUGCACAUCUGCAUCUCCAGCGGGGUCACCGCCGUGUUGGACCUGUUUUUCUUCGCCACCUGCAGCGCCGGCGAGGGCUGCUUCAUCCCGGCGCCCUAUUUCCCAGCCUUUGACAAUGACAUGAGCAUCAGGAACGAGGUGAUUCCCAUCCCCAUCCAGCCGCGGGACACGCGCAGCUACAUCCCGACGACGGUGGAGAUGGAGGAGGCGUUCACCGCCGCCCAGGCCAAGGGCAUUCGCCCACGCGUGCUGCUGCUCACCAACCCGGGCAACCCUCUUGGCACCCUGUACCCCGAGGCCACUCUCAAGGAGCUCUUGCUAUGGGCCAUCAACCACGAGCUGCACGUGCUGUCAGACGAGAUCUACGCCAACUCCAAGUUCGGCUCCUCCGUGUCUGAAUUUGUGAGCAUAGAGAAGGUAGCCAGCCAUCUAGUAGCAGAGGGGCGGUUGCCCCAGUGGCUGGCGGAGGAGCGGGUGCACACGGCGUACGGCAUGAGCAAGGACUUUGGCAUGAACGGGUUCCGCGUGGGGUGCCUGCACACCAAGAACAAGCAGCUGCUGGCCUUCUGGCAGAACAUCGGCAUGUUUGCAGCGGUGUCCAACGACACGCAGCACGCGCUGUCUGUGAUGCUGGAGGACGACAAGUUCGUCGACUCCUACGUGUCCGAGAACAAACGGCGCCUCAAGGUGUCGUACGACCUGCUGACAUCAGCGUUCGAGGCAGCAGGGAUGCACUAUCAACCAGCCUGCGCCGCCAUGUUCUGCUGGCUCGACCUGCGCUCCAUCCUCGCCCUCCCCACCUUUGAGGCCGAGCGGCUGCUGUGGCGGGAGAUUCUCGACACGUGCAAGAUCGUUAUUACACCGGGUGAGGCAUGCCACUACGGCGAGCCGGGGUUCUUUCGGGUGUGUUACGCCGCCAUGCCGCCUGAGCAGCUGUCGGUGGCGUGUGACAGGCUGGCGGCCUUCUGGAAGAAGAAGGUGGCGGAGAGAGAAAGGGGGAACGGCGAGGAGAAAGGGGAGGAGGGGGAGGGGACUGGCAAGGGGGGGGAAGGGGAGAAGGGAGCGGAGGAUGCAGCAGGUAGUGAGGCGCCUUCGAGUAGAAAACGGAAAGCUGAGGGUGACCCUGAGGAUGCUUGACAAGAUGGGUGCUGCUUGCUUCCAACAUGGUGCGGUGGAGCACACCCGAGGAGGAGGGGCUGCUGGUACUAGGUUUACUUAUGUUGAAUGAACAGGACAUAGUAACCUGCAGGACAGUCACUCACUCACAUCAAUCAGUGCCAGUUUUGUAGCGAUUUCUCUCUCGAAGAGCCCUGCAUGCCAUGCGCGUGUGUGAUUGCGCAUGUGUGAGUGCGCGUGUGUGAUAGCGUGUGUGUUGCAGUGGGCGUGUGUGUGUUGCAGUGGGCGUGUGUGUGUUGCAGUGGGUGUGUGUGUGUUGCAGUGGGCGUGUGUGUGUUGCAGUGGGCGUGUGUGUGUUGCAGUGGGCGUGUGUGUGUUGCAGUGGGUGUGUGUGUGUUGCAGUGGGUGUGUGUGUGUUGCAGUGGGCGUGUGUGUGUUGCAGUGGGCGUGUGUGUGUUGCAGUGGGUGUGUGUGUGUUGCAGUGGGCGUGUGUGUGUUGCAGUGGGCGUGUGUGUGUUGCAGUGGGCGUGUGUGUGUUGCAGUGGGCGUGUGUGUGUUGCAGUGGGCGUGUGUGUGUUGCAGUGGGCGUGUGUGUGUUGCAGUGGGUGUGUGUGUGUUGCAGUGGGCGUGUGUGUGUUGCAGUGGGCGUGUGUGUGUUGCAGUGGGCGUGUGUGUGUUGCAGUGGGCGUGUGUGUGUUGCAGUGGGUGUGUGUGUGUUGCAGUGGGCGUGUGUGUGUUGCAGUGGGCGUGUGUGUGUUGCAGUGGGCGUGUGUGUGUUGCAGUGGGCGUGUGUGUGUUGCAGUGGGCGUGUGUGUGUUGCAGUGGGCGUGUGUGUGUUGCAGUGGGCGUGUGUGUGUUGCAGUGGGCGUGUGUGUGUUGCAGUGGGCGUGUGUGUGUUGCAGUGGGUGUGUGUGUGUUGCAGUGGGUGUGUGUGUGUUGCAGUGGGCGUGUGUGUGUUGCAGUGGGUGUGUGUGUGUUGCAGUGGGUGUGUGUGUGUUGCAGUGGGUGUGUGUGUGUUGCAGUGGGCGUGUGUGUGUUGCAGUGGGUGUGUGUGUGUUGCAGUGGGCGUGUGUGUGUUGCCGUGCUCAGGGUCGGAGCUCUGUGCCAUGUGAUUCCAGUGUUCUUCAUGCACAGAGC